CCUUAGAGUGUGCAGGCACAAGUUUGCGGCUGGUCUGCUGCCCAGGGAGGAACGGCAGGAGCUGAGAUGACGUGCUGAGCGGGUGCAGCAGGCAUUCUGCUUCAGCUUCUCUGCCAGACAGAAUCGGAUCAAGACCUUAAAACAAGUCACCCACUUUGGGGUUGUCCUGAGACACCAUGGCUACCACAGAACCUCCCACAGGCUGUGGCAACAUACCCAGUGACUAUUACUUGCUCUGUGACAGGGACAACAACUGGGGCAUUGUUCUGGAAUCCCUGGCUGCAGCUGGUGUGGUCACCACAAUCAUCCUUAUCUUUGUGCUCCUCUUCCUCAUCUGUAAAGUCCAAGACAACACCAAACGAAGCCUGAUCCCUGUCCAGUUGCUUUUUCUGUUGGGCACUCUGGGGAUCUUUGGCCUCACCUUUGCCUUCAUCAUCAAGCUCAAUGAGAGCACCGCCCCCACCCGCUUCUUCCUCUUUGGGGUUCUCUUUGCCCUCUGCUUCUCCUGUCUCCUAGCUCACGCUAUUGACCUCAUCAAGCUGGUGAGAGGAAGAACCCCGUUGUCAGCACUGAUGUUACUGGUUAUCGCCAUCAGCCUCACCACCGUGCAAAUUAUCAUAGCCAUCAUGUAUGUCGCCAUCAACAGAGCAGAGCUGAAGAAACUGGAGCCGACAAGCGGAAUGGAUGACCAAAGACGCAAUGACUUCAUUUUGAUUCUCAUCUAUGUGCUUCUCCUGAUGGCCGUCCUCUUUGUGGCCGCCAUGUCUGUUUUCUGUGGCUCGUACAGAAGAUGGAAGAGGCAUGGUGCGCACAUAUUCCUCACCAUCUUGUUCUCCAUUGGCAUCUGGGUGGUGUGGAUCAGUAUGUUGAUGAGAGGCAAUCCAGAUUUAAAUAAGCGCCCCCUCUGGGAUGAUCCUGUUAUCAGUAUUGCUCUGGUAGCUAAUGGGUGGGUUUUUCUGAUUAUGUAUGCUGUGCCUGAACUCUGCUUCCUCACUGCUCCACGGAAACCUGGAGACUACCCUCCAGAGAACAGUUCCUGCCAGCCUAAAGUCAUGAAAAAGGUGCAUGGAGUGGAGAAUCAAGGCUAUUCUCAAGAAGACACCACCACACAAGAAAAUGGAAAUCGUUUGUACGUUCCUUAUUCAACUCAUUUCCAGCUAGAGAUGCUUGAACAGGAGUUCUCCAUCCCACGGCCUGAAACUCGGGCCAGUCCAUACCAAGGUUAUUCUGGAGGGAAAAGAGUCGAGUAGCAGCUCAACAAUAAACACCAGAGAGGCAAUACAGAGUUAGCUGUGUUGCUGGAAAUCCCUUGGUUGUAGCCAAAGGAAGUUAGUCAUGACUAAGCAUUAUCGAAAUCAAUGAAACAAGUUAGCUGUGACUAACUUGUCCCAUUAAUUUCAAUGGGAUGUAGUCAUGGCUAAUUGCAUUGGUGCUUCCGUUUUACUAAAACAUGGACAGGACUCAACGCUACAGUGGAUGAAGGAGAAUUGUUUUCUUUUCCUCACUCCAGCCUUUUAAUUUGUCUCUGCACAUUUAGCACUUUAUACUUUCUCAUUCAUCAGGUUCCUUUGUUUAAUAUAUCUCUGAAGCUUCUCUCAGUCCUGCUGAGGUGACUUUAUCUCAGCACCUUGUCCAAGCUCAUUUUUCCUCACAAUAUGGAAAGAGAUAUCCUAUCACAUUCAUGGAACUAUCUGAGAGGAACAGAACUGAGGGUCUUUGGCUUAGGCCACAUCUCCGAGUUGCCUGCACAUUUUCCCAUGUUGUCUCCUGAAGCACUGAGUAAAUUAGCUGGAAUGUUCAAGGAUAACUUCCUUCUGACAGGUUGCCUGGCAGAGAAUCUUCUUCGGAACAUGUGUUAGUUCUUGAGUAUUAGGGCCAUACAACCCUGUCUGCAUAAAAUCCUGCAAUCUUUCCUGGCUACUAUAGAAGAACUGAGUCAAGUAACCCAAGGAAAACCUUUUUUUAAUUAAAAGGAAAAUAAAUCACUUUUAAAACUGAAAUUCUCCAAACUCUCUAUAGAUCUAUUUCAAAGUAGGAAGAAAGUGGGAGGGGAAAUAAGCUUUAAUUAAAUUUAAAUUGCAAAUGUGUUCAGCUUUGAAUUAAGUUUUCUCACAGACUUCCUGUUCACACCACUGAUUCCUAAUCUACCCCACCGGGAAUCUUCCCAGGAGUGAUUGCCAAGACACAGUGUGCCUUCACUAGGCUGUGCCAAGAGUAGUCACUCCACUAAUCACUCUCCCGUCUCUUUGUGUCCCUUUGUUGCUCCUGAAGCAUGUCCACUGCCUGGCAUCAGAAUAUAAGAAUAGCCUUGCUGGAUCACAUGGAAGGUCUUUGCAGCAGACUGAAUGCUCAUCUAACCCCAUACCCUUUCCCCAAUAACGAAUUGCCAGAUACGCCUGGGAGGCUUCACAAACAGGGCAAGACAAAGACAGCUUUCCUCCAUUGUAUAUCUCCAGCACUGUCAAUCAGGAGCAUAUCUGGGGGUUCCAUUUUGAGUGAAAAUGGUCAAUAUCCAUUGAGAGGCCUAUUUCUCAUGAAUGCACUCCAUCCUUUUUGAAGAGAACUAUGUUAGUAGCCAUUGCCACAAUGGCAAUGAAUUUCAUAAUGCAGCACCUUCUUGUUAUCUUGGCUCUACUGAAAGUCCAGGAAGAUGGACCGAAUGGUUACCUCAAAAAAGCAAGUGUCAGUUUUUCAGGGCUUAAGCAGGACUCCUGCUAUAAAGAUGGCAUCGUCUUCAAUGGUUCCACAAUCAGUACCUGCUGGGCACGGACAAGAGGGAAACCAAUGUGGGAUGUUAAUCCAUCACUGGAUGUACACCCAUUUCCCUCCAGUGCUACACUGUAGACGUGCUUGUAUUCUCUGGGAUCAAUGCGGCAACAAUUCCAUACAGAGAACAUUCACACAGAUCUCUUUCUAAAAGAGUUUUUGUCCAUAGGUUCCCUUAGCGCUGAUUUAUGUCCUUUAUUCCAAGCACUGACUACUCUAAUAUUGAUUCGUACACUUUAUCACCAGACAGGUAAUGCACAUUUCUGUUCUCCAGCAAUUAUUGUGUGGAAGUCACUAGAUCUCUGAGCAUGUGAAUGUGACAGCAGACACAACUAAUUACUAGAGGAAAACAUGAGAUGAACAUCUUAGCCCUUUUCAGACAUUAUGUGAUAUGAGUAUACAGAUGUCUGUAUACUUGUAUAUGCUUUUGUGUGAAUGACUGUACCCAUGUUCAUUUUAAAAGUAAACCUGGGUACAGGCCCCUCAAAGCAUGGUACAGAUGGGAAGUAUAAUGCUGUACCUACAGUAUGUUCAGCAUAAUGUGUGAAUCACUGUACCUGUGUACAUGAAAUCUUUAGUGGGAGAGAAAAAUAAGGGACCAGGUGUUUGUCAUCAACACACUUGCACUGGAGGCUGGAGUGAAUACAGUAGGCCUAAAGAGAGAAAGAAAUCUGGGGAGCAAGAUGGUGAGUAGAAGUUACUGUAGGAGAAGUCACUGUACUGCUUGACAAUGUUCAUUAGAGGCCAGAUCUGGUUCAGAUGUGAGAGAAAGGAAAAACACUUAAAACUCAAGGAAAAACAAGGCAUCAAACCAACCAAAAUUAAACUCCUUUACACCUCACUGAUUUUUAUGGGAGAGUUAAGAAUGUGUUUACAUUUGCUUCAAUGAAACGCAAGUGCUUAAUUUUGGUUGUAUUUAGCCCCUUGGCCUGCAGAAAAGGGGUAUUCAGGUGUUUGCUAAUGUACUUAUAAUUGUAUUAUAAUAUUUAUUUGUGUAUUUCUCAUACUACACUGAGCACAUAGUUAGCAUUGAAUAAAUAAUUAUAUAUA